AUGAACAUGAGCAGCCAGUGCGCUGAGAACCUUGCACAGGGAGGCGCGGGGUGCAUGCACAUGAGAGCUGAGAGCUCCAGCAAGCCCUUGAAGCGAGUGGUGGGAGCUGUCGUCCUACGAGGCGACGAGGUGUUCAUGGCGAAACGGCAAUCGAGCAAGGACUAUGGAGGGAUGUGGGAGUUUCCUGGGGGGAAGGUGGAGGAGGGCGAAGAUGACCAGACAGCCCUGAAACGAGAAAUGCAGGAGGAGUUCAGCGUCGACUUGCGGGUAGGAGAUUUUCUUGCUAGCGGGGAUGAUGGUCGGAUCGAGCUGUUCUGCUAUCUGGCAGAAAUGUUGGGAGACCCUGUCCUGUCGGAGCAUGAGGAAUGUCGCUGGGUGGGGUUGGCGGACUUGCAAGACCUGGAGGUGCCGCCAGCAGACAAGCCUGCCAUCUCCAGACUUCAGAAGAUGCAGAGGAGAUAG